CCCUGUCUUCCCUCACCCCUGACGCCUGUCAAGGCCCGACGCAUCCAGCAACGGCCUUGCGAACGGUGUCGAACUAGGGGAUACAGGACCGUCAUCCUCCCAAGUAUAUUUCCAGCCCUCGAGACCGCCAUCUCAUUUACGACUCUUCACGAUUACGAUUCUUCACGACUAUUUAUCAAUAUAUUACCACCCAGUCUGUAACAAAAUACCCCAAACCUGAACACUAUGGCAGACAUAGAGAAUGGGAGGUGCUACAAAAAGGAGGCAGAGAGCGGUCCCUCUCUUUUUCAGAACGGUGAUCUUGUUCUCCAACCCCACCAUGUAGGGUGGAUUGUCGCAACGUCUUUCACUCUCGUUGCAAUUGCCACGUCCUUCUGGUUGAUUAUCAAGCAUCUUCAGUGGUAUACCAAUAAAUGCGAACAACGCUAUAUUGUCCGCAUCCUCCUUCUCGUCCCCAUUUAUGCUGUCAUCAGUCUGGCGUCAUAUUUCUUCUGGAAUCACUCCACGCCGUUACUUUUGGUCCGCGACUGCUACGAGUCCACUGUACUCACUUCGUUCUUCUACUUGCUACUGAACUAUCUAUCAUCCGACCCUAAUGACCAGAGGGCGAUAUUCAUGAAGGCCGGUCUCUCUCGUGAGGCUGAGGCAAAAGCCAGAUUGGCGAGGAAGGAGCCCAAAAAAUGGGUAUUUCCUCUUGGAUCAGUCAAGUGGAAACCUAGCGAUGGCUUGUAUUUCCUACAAUGGAUGAAAUGGGGCGUCCUUCAGUAUUGCGUUAUUCGCCCAUUGACUACUCUCGCCGCCGUUAUUCUGAAUUACAUGGGACUCUACUGUGAAGAAUCCUAUGGAUUAGGCUGGGGCCAUGUCUAUAUUGUCACCAUCGUCUCCUUCUCUGUCAUGAUUGCCAUGUACUGCCUGAUUCAGUUGUACGUUUCCGUUGCCGAGAAGUUGAGGCCCCGUCGACCCAUUCUCAAACUCUUCGCCGUCAAGGCCGUCGUGUUCCUUACGUUCUGGCAAGCAACCUUUCUGUCGGUUUUGGCUAUGUUUGGUGUCGUCAAGAAUACGAAGUACAUGACCGCUGCUGACAUCAAUAUUGGCAUUGGUGCGCUACUGGAGACUUUCGAGAUGAUGCUUUUCGGUUUCUUGCAUAUCAGAGCAUUCACAUACAAAGACUAUCGACCCUUCUACGAUCCGCAGUCAAAGAACUCUCCUCCUAGUCGCACCCCAACGUUACGGUCUCUAGGUCACGCCAUGGAUUUCCGUGAAACAUUCCGGGAAAUAUGGCAAGGCUGUGUGUAUAUGUGGGCUAAGGUGUGGGGACGAGAGCCAAAACACGAUGAAGGCACCAAGCGAAUGGCCCAUUACGAGAGUGCAUUUGGUAAGGCCCGUAAGUCGCUUCUGGACGGACACAAGAGCACUUCUAUCGACAGGACACGUGCAUACGAUGCCGAGAAGCCGGGGAUGCAUGCGGCCACGUUCCCCGAUGUGCACAUUGAUGUCGACGAACAUAUUGACAUUGGCGGACAACGUCAGUGGUUAGGUCUUGGGAACGAUUAUGGUUAUGGUGUUCACAGGGAAAGGAGUGAUGAUUUGGAAGUCCAGAUAGAACGAGAGUUGGAACGAAGGCGCUAUGGAUCCUGCAAGUUAUUUCACAUUCCCGGUAGAGGCCAUAUCAAAGCCGUUUCCACCGAGCGUGGAGCUGUUGGAGAUCAUAGACAGCAGCGCUCUUGGUGGUGGUCACUAUAUAACCGGGUAUCUCAAUCCGGGCAAGACUUUGACGAAGAGGAGGUUGAUCUCACCCUGCGGCCUUCGAAGCGAAGGAGUAAGUCGAAGCCCAGGAAACGCUCCCGUCAACAUUCCAAGGAUGCGGAUACAGAUCGUAGCUUGUUGCAUGAUCCCAACAAUUUCGAUGACCCGCCUCCCCCGAGUUUGAUUCGUAUAAGUCGUGGCCAGGAUCAGAGUUCUCAUAUUCAGAGGAAACAGCAGAGAAACUUGUCAUCCUCUGGAACUUCCAAGUCCCAUACCAAUUCGCGUCGCUUCGAUUCAAAAUUGCAUCACAGUGCCAGACAGGACUCACCACGUUCACCUCCUUCUCAAAACCCAUACCAAAUACCCUUUAUCCAUCUCACUCGUUCCGACAGCCUUUUCGGUCGUGUUUUCCCUCCUAGUACAGAUCAUGCAACUUCGGGCAGACAUUCGUCUACUGCGAUAUUCUGCACUCGAAGUUUCUACGCCGGAAGACCCUGUUCAAGAGGAUGA